AUGUCUGACCCUCAUACUGCUAAAUUGCAAACUGGUUAUAUUUUCCUUUGUGGAGGUACAACUACAUCUUGGAGGUCCAUUAAACAGACCUUAGUUUCUACCUCAUCUAAUCACUCAGAGAUAAUUGCUUUAUAUGAAACCGCAUGCGAAUGCGUAUGGUUGAGAUCACUGAUACAGCAUAUCCAUCGCUCAUGCGGAACAAUGAGCAAUGUUGAUUCCCCGACUGUCCUAUAUGAGGACAAUGCAGCAUGUGUUGCACAGAUGAGUAAUAGGUACAUUAAAGGAUACCUUACUAAACAUAUCGCUCCUAAAUUCUUUUACCCACAUGAACUCCAGAAGAGUGGUGAGAUACUACUCAUUGAAAAUGUUCGCUCUAGUGAAAAUCUGGCAGAUUUGUUCACUAAGUGCCUGCCUACAUCCAUCUUUGAAAAGUACGUUUAUAAAAUUGGGAUGCGAAAGCUAGGAAGACUGUUGUCUUCAGGGGUAGCGAUAAACUCUAAAGUUUAA